UGCAGCCAACAAUGUGGUAGAUUCAUGUCAAAUGAAAAAUGUACUAUCAGAUUGGAAUUUGGAGGAGAUAUAAUGCCAGCAUCUUCUCCUAAUUGAAAAACAAGCAACAACUUCACUUCCAUCACUGAGAAUUAAGACUUUCUCACUCACCAUGGCCUCUUCUUCACACCCCAACAAUGUGGGAAUCCUUGCCAUUGACAUCUACUUCCCACCCACCUGCGUGCAGCAGGGGGCUUUGGAGGAACAUGAUGGCGUGAGCAAAGGGAAAUACACUAUUGGGCUUGGUCAAGAUUGCAUGGCAUUCUGCACUGAUGUUGAAGAUGUUAUCUCAAUGAGUUUGACGGUUGUUACUUCACUUCUUGAAAAGUAUAAUGUUGAUUCAAAGCAAAUUGGACGCUUGGAGGUUGGAAGUGAAACUGUCAUUGAUAAAAGCAAAUCCAUUAAGACCUUCCUUAUGCAAGUUUUUGAGGAGAGUGGUAAUGCUGACAUUGAAGGUGUUGAUUCAACAAACGCAUGCUAUGGUGGAACAGCAGCUUUGUUCAAUUGCGUGAAUUGGGUUGAGAGUAGUUCAUGGGAUGGACGCUAUGGACUUGUUGUAUGUACAGACAGUGCGGUAUAUGCUGAGGGACCUGCUCGUCCAACUGGAGGAGCCGCUGCAAUUGCCAUGCUCAUAGGGCCAGAUGCUCCUAUUGUAUUUGAAAGCAAACUCAGGGGCAGUCACAUGUCUCAUGUCUAUGAUUUUUACAAGCCAAAUCUUGCAAGUGAAUACCCAGUUGUUGAUGGAAUGCUCUCACAGACCUGUUAUCUCAUGGCACUUGAUUCCUGCUAUCGGCUUUUAUGUGAGAAAUUUGAAAAAUUGGAGGGGAGGCCGUUUUCAAUAUCAGAUUCUGAUUAUUUUGUUUUUCAUUCUCCAUAUAACAAGCUUGUGCAGAAAAGUUUUGGUCGGUUAUACUUCAACGACUUCCAGAGAAAUCCCAGUUUUGUUGAUGAAGUUUCCAGGAAUGCCCUAGCGCCUUUUGCAUCCUUAUCUGGUGAUGAGAGCUAUCGCAGUCGUGAUCUUGAAAAGGCAAAUCAGCAAGCUGCAAAGCAUGUUUAUGACGCGAAGGUGCAGCCUGGCACACUAAUCCCAAAGCAAGUUGGCAACAUGUACACUGCAUCACUUUAUUCAGCAUUUGCAUCUCUCCUUCACAAUAAGCAUGACUCGCUGGUAGGUAAACGUGUAGUUAUGUUCUCUUAUGGGAGUGGUUUAACCGCUACAAUGUUCUCCUUCCGCCUUCAAGAAGGCCAGCAACCCUUUAAUUUGUCAAACAUUGUAAAGUUGAUGAAUGUUUCUGACAAAUUGAAGCAGAGAAUUGAGGUUACUCCUGAAAAGUUUGUUGAAACUUUGAAAAUCAUGGAGCAGCGUUAUGGGGCAAAGGACUUUGUGACUAGCAUGGACUGUAGCUACCUACAUCCAGGCACAUUCUAUCUCACCAAAGUUGAUUCCAUGUAUAGAAGAUUUUAUUCCAAGAAGGACACCAUGAGCAGAUGAUAAUUCACUAUCAGAUGAUCAUUGAUAUCUUCGAAUUUACAGCUUUUGUCCUGGUGCACGUUCUGUAUUUGAUCCCUUUUAUUUACCUAAUUUGUUUAUAAGAUAUUUAUUUUCUUAUAUUAUUGUGAUAAGGUUUUAUCCAAAAUUAGUUUGUACACCAACUGUUAAUUAUUUUGUUAUGAAAAAUAAUGCAAAUACUUUAGUGCAAUUUUCAAUUGGAUUAUC